AGCGGAUUUUCUUCCUGGGACAGAGGUGUUUGCAAGGACUGAGUGUCCUCCUGGGCUGUAGGCAAUGUGUGCGUUCAGCCCAGGGGUGCUGGUGGUGCUCCUGCAGCCCCCCCAGGACCUCCCUUGGCCAAUGACGGCUGGUCCUUGACACGUCCCCAGCCGGGCAGGAGCUGGGUUCGGCUCUGCCCGGGUUCCUCUCCCCUGCCGUGCCCGGCCCCUGGGUGCGCAGCCUGCCCAGGGUGGAGUUAUGCUAAUGCUGCUCUCCAGCCCUCGGCGCAGCCGGUGCCGCUCGGCAUCUCCUGCUGGCCACGGGCGACGCUGGCUGAGCCAUGGCCACCGGCCCCGAGCUGCAGCCUGGGCAAGAGAUAAAACGUUUCCUGAAGGAGGACUCGGACGAGGCUGAGCUGACCCAGUUCCUGCGGGAUUGCCCAGCAACUGACAGCUCCAGGAAGGUGGAGGCCCCGGAGAGCCGGCGGGAGCCCGGCCACCCCCUGGGCAGCGGGGCCAGGGUCCCCCCAGACGAAGGCAGUGACGAGAGGGACGCCAGGAUUUUCUCCCGCUCCCGGCCCGCGGAUUUCCAGCAGCACAUCGCCGCCCCCCCGCCCCCCAGCCCCAACCGCCCGCGCAGCCCCUGGGGACAGCUGGACCCCUACGACUCCUCCGAGGAUGACAAGGAGUACGUGGGCUUUGCCACGCUGCCCAACCAGGUGCAUCGCAAGUCGGUGAAGAAGGGCUUUGACUUCACCCUCAUGGUGGCAGGGGAAUCCGGGCUGGGCAAGUCCACCCUGGUCAACAGCCUCUUCCUGACGGACAUGUACAGGGACCGCAAGCUGCUCAACGCCGAAGAGCGCAUCACGCAGACAGUGGAGAUCACCAAGCACGUGGUGGACAUCGAGGAGAAGGGGGUCAAGCUGCGCCUGACCAUCGUGGACACGCCGGGCUUUGGGGACGCCGUCAACAACACCGAGUGCUGGAAGCCGGUGGCCGACUACAUCGACCAGCAGUUCGAGCAGUAUUUCCGUGACGAAAGUGGCCUCAACCGGAAAAACAUCCAGGACAACCGAGUGCACUGCUGCAUCUACUUCAUCUCGCCCUUCGGCCACGGGCUCCGGCCCCUGGACGUGGAGUUCAUGAGAGCUCUGCACCAGCGCGUGAACAUCGUGCCCGUGCUGGCCAAGGCUGACACCCUGACCCCCGCUGAGGUGGAGCGCAUGAAGAACAAGAUCCGGGAGGAGAUCGACCACUACGGCAUCCGCAUCUACCAAUUCCCUGAGUGCGACUCGGACGAGGAUGAGGAGUUCAAGCUCCAGGACCAGGCACUGAAGGAGAGCAUCCCCUUCGCCGUCAUCGGCAGCAACACGGUGGUGGAGGCCAAGGGCCGGCGUGUCCGUGGGCGCCUCUAUCCCUGGGGCAUCGUGGAAGUGGAGAACCCGUCCCACUGCGACUUCGUGAAGCUGCGCACGAUGCUGGUGAGGACGCACAUGCAGGACCUGAAGGACGUGACACGGGAGACGCACUACGAGAACUACCGCACACAGUGCAUCCAGAGCAUGACCCGCAUGGUGGUCAAGGAGCGCAACCGCAACAAGCUGACCCGGGAGAGCGGGACAGACUUCCCCAUCCCCGUGAUCCCCCCGGUGCCGGACGUGGAGACCGAGAAGCUCAUCCGGGAGAAGGACGAGGAGCUGCGGCGGAUGCAGGAGAUGCUCCAGAAGAUCCAGAAGCAGAUGAAGGACUCACACUAGCCCGUCCCUCCUCCUCCUCCUCCUCGUCCUCCUCCUGGCCCCAUCAGAAAUGUUUACAUCACGCUCCUCCCGCCCGGCCCCGCUGCCAGACUCGGUACCAGCACCCACCCACCACCUUAAGCUGCGGCAUCGCCUUAUCCAACCCCCAGCGCCCGCGGGGACACCCGGGGACAGCGAGGGGACACCGGGGACAGCGAGGGACAGGGCAGCCAUCCCGGGGUCCCCUGCCCCGCUUCCCCCCACUCACUGGGGACAGCUCGGUCCCCCAGGCUUUGGUUUCCCGUUUCUCCACAGCUCUGGGGAGGGCCCUGGCCAGCCUGGUCCCCACAGCCUGUCCCUUGUCCCCGUGUCACCCUGGGCUCCCUGCUUACCGCCUUUAUGCUCAGCUUGGCCCUGGCUUAAGGGAAGAGGAAAGGGGGGACACUGGUGCCAGGCCCCCAAUGCCCCAGCUGCUGAGGGGGACAGGGCUGUUCCCCUGGCCUUGGCUGGCGUGGAGGGACAGCAGCUCCUGGGGACCACAGGGGACAGAGGGGGUGGAGGGACAGCCAAGGAACAGCCACCCUCCUGCUCCCUGCCAGCACCAGUGCAGGGGGACUGUGUCCAGCUCUGUGGACACAUGGAG